UGGGAAACAGGCUAUUAUGCCUAUACCGCCUCCUUCCGGCUGAAUAGUGGGUGGUACUUUGUUCUCAAAAUCGCUUUCUUAUUGGUUGUUUGAGAAGAAAAGCCCUUGAUUCCGCUCGUCUAUGGUAUUUUUUCACCCAGAGUUCUUUGGUGUGACCCGGUACCGGAAGUGCGGCUGAGAAGGCGCGUGGGUCUGUAGUUCUUCUCUUGCAGUCAUGGGCCGAAGCAAGCAUCAGGAAUCUGGGGAAGAGCCGGAGGCAGCCCCGGAACGGUCUUACCAGGAGCUGGUGGAGAAUGUGAAUGCGAUUUCGCGGCCGCUGGCUUCUCGUAAGCUCACGCGCAGGUUGUACAAGUGCGUCAAGAAAGCGGCGAAGCAUAAACAAAUCCGACGGGGCGUGAAAGAGGUCCAGAAGUUCAUCAACAAAGGCGAGAAGGGGAUCACAGUCCUUGCAGGAGACACAUUACCUAUUGAUGUUUAUUCUCACAUCCCUAUCAUGUGCGAAGACAGGAACCUUCCAUAUGUCUAUAUCCCUUCCAAAACGGACUUGGGAGCAGCUGCAGGUACAAAACGCCCAACCUGUGUGAUCAUGAUCAAGCCACAUGAAGAAUACCAAGAAACUUAUGAUGAGUGCUUGGAAGAGGUGGAGGCUCUUCCUCUCCCCUUGUGAGGAACACUGAAGGAAGAUGCUGUUAGGACUGACUUGACUGUCCCUUACUUGUACCAUCUCUGCAAGUGAGAUAGUAGCUGAAUAUUGAUUUUAAAACUAUGGAUACAGAAGCUGGCUUUGUUUUUUUGUUGCCUUUAUGAAGAGUACUGGAGAUGGCCACUUAAAAUCUUAAAAGGCAGACUAAUCACUGGCUUGAAAACAUUUUCUAUAGUGAGUGGUGUGUGUUAUUUUGCACAAUGGAAGUUUAGCAUCCCAUUAUAAAACCUGUUGUGCUCGUUUUGGGAGUCCAAUGCAAUUAAAGUAUUUGUACUAUUUCUAAA